AUGGCAGACAAGAAAUCCAGCACCGUAACAACACAAACAAACCCGCGCGGUAUCCCCGUCGCCCCCUUCAUCGACAAUGUCAGCGACUAUGUCGCCUCGCGCGCAGACGUGGAACCCACCCUACAGCGCUUCCAGGAGAUGAUCUCCAAAUACCAAUUCAUGGAGCUCAACACCCAGCGCCGAGCGGCGGGACUCCGAGAGAAGAUCCCCGACAUCAAGAAGACAUUAGACGUGGUGCGGUUCCUGAAGAUGCAGAAAGAAGCAAAUUCCUCCUCAACCCUCGAAACCAGCUUCGAGUUAAACGAUACCCUCUACGCGCGCGCGCAAAUCUCCCCCGCCGACACGGACGAAGUAUACCUCUGGCUCGGGGCGAACGUCAUGCUCGCGUACCCCAUCGCCGAGGCCGAGACGAUGCUCUCGGAGAAGCUCUCUGCGGCAGAGCAGAGUCUAGCAAACUGUGACGAGGAUUUGGAGUUUCUGAGGGAGCAGAUUACUACGAUCGAAGUCGCUACCGCUCGUGUCUAUAACUGGGACGUUGUACAGCGGCGGAAAGAAAAGGCUGAAGGCAAGGGGGAUGACGAUGAAGAACCGACCGACAAGCGCAAGCCAGGUGGCUAA